UCGCCUCGCGCGUGAUUUAAACCGAAGUUGCGAGCCGCCGCGAAGGAGAGUGGCAGUUGCGGAGACGAAGUCCGGUCGAGCUCCUCACGCAGGUGAGCGCGAUAACGCAAGCUUAUUUAAUAAUAAUAAUAAUAAUAAUAAUAAUAAUUUUCCCCAGCCGCUCAGGGAGGGGUGGUGAUGACGAGUCGUCUGUGGUUCCUCCACAAGCAGAUAAAACAGAAUUUUACCCUUUGGCCCGGGGCCAUGCAUUCAGACAGACCGUUGUCGCUUGGGCGGGUGUUCCCCAUAUUAUUAUUAUUAUUAUUAUUAUUAUUAUUAUUAUUAUUAUCGCUUGGGCGGUUGUUCCCCAUAUUAUAAUUAUUAUUAUUAUUAUUAUUAUUUAUUUAUUUAUUAUUAUUUAUUAUCAUCAUCAACAUUGUUGUUGUUUAGUCAUGUCCAACUCUUCGUGACCCCCUGGACCAGAGCACGCCAGGCACUCCUGUCUUCCACUGCCUCCCGCAGUUUGGUCAAACUCAUGCUGGUAGCUUCGACAACACUGUCCAACCAUCUCGUCCUCUGUCGUCCCCUUCUCCUUGUGCCCUCCAUCUUUCCCAACAUCAGGGUCUUUUCCAGGGAAUCUUCUCUUCUCAUGAGGUGGCCAAAGUAUUGGAGCCUCAGCUUCAGGAUCUGUCCUUCCAGUGAGCACUCAGGGCUGAUUUCCUUCAGAAUUGAUCGGUUUGAUCUUCUUGCAGUCCAUGGGGCUCUCAAGAGUCUUCUCCAGCACCAUAAUUCAAAAGCAUCAAUUCUUCGGCGAUCAGCCUUCUUUAUGGUCCAGCUCUCACUUCCAUCCAUCACUACUGGGAAAACCAUAGCUUUUACUAUACGGACCUUUGUUGGCAAGGUGAUGUCUCUGCUUUUUAAGAUGCUGUCUAGGUUUGUCAUUGCUUUUCUCCCAAGAAGCAGGCGUCUUUUAAUUUCGUGGCUGCUGUCACCAUCUGCAGUGAUCAUGGAGCCCAAGAAAGUAAAAUCUCUCACUGCCUCCAUUUCUUCCCCUUCUAUUUGCCAGGAUUUGAUGGGACCAGUGGCCAUGAUCUUCGUUUUUUUGAUGUUGUGCUUCAGACCAUAUUUUGCGCUCUCCUCUUUCACCCUCAUUAAAGGGUUCCUUAAUUCCUCCUCACUUUCUGCCAUCAAGGUUGUGUCAUCUGCAUAUUCGUCCGUAGAUCUCAGGGCGGUUCACAACAAUACGAUAUCUUUAUUGUCAUUGUCCCAUAAGGAACAAUGAAAUUGAAAAUCUACAUAAAACAUUCAAAAACCCCUAAAAACUCUGAAACUCUAUUUUAAAAUACAGUAUACUAUAGAGACUCCUUAUGAUGCGUUUAAAACCAGAAUUGCAUUUGCGUAGAAACUGUUUCUCAGGCGGCUAGUCCUGGUCUUUAUAACCCUAUACCUUCUUCCAGAAGGCAGAAGCUGAAAGAGAUUGUUUCUGGGGUGUGUACUAUUCUGCGCUAUCUCUGCAGCUUUCUUCUGGCACCUGACAGCAUAGAUUUGAUCUAAGGUGGGAAGAGUGCACCCAGUUAUUCUCUCUGCAGUCUUUACAACCCUGGACAGCAUUGUUUUUUCCCUGGCCGUGCAGCUCCCAAACCACACACACAGACCAUAAGUUAAUACACUCUCCACAGUACAAUGGUAAAAUGCCAUCAACAGGUCCUCCCCCUCUCCAGCCGUGAUUAAACCAACCACCGUUGUAUCAUCUGCAAACUUAAUGAUCUUAUUACUGGGGUAUUUGGGGGCACAGUCGGCUGUACAGAGCGUAUAUAAACGCAGGCUCAACACGCACCCCUGCGGCAUCCCCAUAUUCAUGAUAAAAUCCGCAGAGACAUAAGGCUCCUCUUUAUUCUCUCUUCGAAAACGCGUCAGUCUCCGGUGCUAUGACAGCCAGGAUGUGGGGCUCAGAUUUGCAAGCUGUCAGGAUCUCCUUUGCUUGCCGUGUUCCCAUAGCUCCGACCAGCCUCUAAACAGCUGCCCUCCUCUGUGCGGAGGACCCUGCUUUCCCUCUUUAGAUCAGUUGGCAGAGGCUCAGCUCCCGUGCUCCUCCUAGGCUCAUAGAAAUGGAUGGACGCGAUGCUUAGGACAGGACAGUGUACAUAGUCUACAGCUAUGUCUGAAGUGUGGGUCUGCAGGAUAAGGCUUUUUUUCAGUUGUGGUGUCAAAGCUUUGGGAAUGCCCUCUUGUUAAGCGAUCCUGGUGCUCAGCUCUUGUUUUUUUGGUCCCCUAACAGCUUAUCAAGCAAAAGCCGCAGGACAAUUUUAUUGGUGAAGCAAAAAAUGGAAAGUCCUGUAAGUAUAUGUCUCUUGAAUUCAUUCACUUGAAUUUUGGACUCAAGGUGGAUUAUACUAGUUUGUAGUUAAAGAAGAGAAUGAGGAAUCUAUUUCUAAAAGACAGACAGCUAAAUUUAUUUAUAAGCCCAGGAAUUUCCAGAUCAUAACUCUAAUAAUGCAUUAGUAGCUUUUAUACAGUGGUGCCUCGCAAGACGAAAUUAAUCCGUUCCGCGAGUGUCUUCGUCUAGCAGUUUUUUCGUCUUGCGAAGCAACCCGCUUAGCGGAUUAGCGCUAUUAGCGGUUUAGCGGCUAUUAAAGGCUUAGCGGCUUAGCUGCUAAAAGGCUAUUAGCGGCUUAGAAAAAGGGGGGGGGAGCGAAAAAAAAUCUCAAGACUCGCAAGACAUUUUCGUCUUGCGAAGCAAGCCCAUAGGGAAAUUCGUCCUGCGAAGCAACUCAAAAACGGAAAACCCUUUCGUCUAGCGGGUUUUCCGUCUUGCGAGGCAUUCGUCUUGCGGGGCACCACUGUAACUUGUUUAAAAAUGUUAACUAUAAAUUAACUAAUAAAAAGUCUAAACCGGCUUUUCUUGCUCGUUACAUUUAUAUUACACACAUAUCUACAUACCCAUACAUACUGUUUCACAGUUCUUGAUUGAUUGCUUUACAUACAAUGAAAAUGGGGUGGGGAGCAGUGUUCAAAAUUCCCAUUGUUCUAAGGGCAUUUUGCAACAGGGAAUUUCAUUAGUGCGAGCAGUUUCUGAGCUCUGUGCCUAAGAUUUCAGGUUAAAACUGCAGAGUGGAAGGAAAGGCGGACCUUUUUCUGCCUCCCCACUUCCAUCUGCUCUCUGAAGACUGGAGAAGACUUAAGAAUAUUAGGGGAGUGGGCAGGGGAAAGACUAGACCAAACAUGUCCAACAGGUCGACCGCAGUCGACAGGUAGAUCCCCUGCUGAUCGCAGUCAAUCGCGGGAUCCUUAUCGCUUGCAUUACUUAAAACUGGAAUGAAUGCCUCCGCUCUUUCGCUUUGGUUCAUCCUCCAAUGACAAUGGGGAGAUCCCUGCCAGUAUUUUUAUAUUGGGAGUAGAUUGCAGUCUCUUGGGAGUUGGACAUGCCUGGACUAGACCAUGUGAAAAAUGGACAUAAUAUUUUAGUUGCUGUUCAUUCAUUUUCAGCUUUGUAUUCUUGUUGUAAAAAAAAAUGUGCCUAGACAUUCCAUUGUUGUCCCCAUAACCUAGGUUUAAGCUGUCAUUUAGCUCCUAGCUUUCAUCUGUUUCUAACAACAGAAUUAGAUCUAGAGAUUUUUGUCUGGCAUUUCUAAUUACCUGGUAGUAUUAUUCUCUGGAGUAUAUUACACUAUGAUAAUAUAGGAAAUAAUGGUGUUGAAAUAAUAUCAUUUUCCUAUUUAAAGAAAAAGUAAAGCAGAUAUUCUUAUAACCAUUUUGUUUUCCAUGUGGCUAUGUGCACCACCUUUAUGUUGGAAAGCGUGGAGAAAAAGGUCUAUAAUGUUAAUUUAAUAUUUCAGGAAAACAAAGAAAAUGCAGUUGGACCUCUAUGGACCCAAGUGGAUGACAUGUUGGAGGAAAACUUAGCUUCUCCAAAAGCUUUAAAGUCUCCUGUCAUAUUGAAGCAGAUUUCUUUGGCUGAAAACUGUAGCCCUCUGGCUAGUACAAAAACAAACUGUAGCCCCCUGGCAGUUGUUUUUGAACCAGCUAAAACAAAAAGCCAGCACAUGUCCUUUAACCAGACCUCCUUACUCAAAAGAAAUGGAAAAGAGAAAGUGCUGAAAACAGCUGCACCACCCAUCUUCAUUCCACCCCUUUCAGAGAAGCGUGCGCUUGGCUCAUAUUGUGGUAGGAUAGUAGAAUCUAAAAUAAACUCCUUCAGAAGAAAACCAGAACAUGAGAAUAGGAGGCACACUAUGGCUGCUGCUCCUAAAUCAGCAGUGAGGACUCAAUCCACAAGCAGCAUUACAGGCAAAAAGGAUGAUAGAGUCACCAGCACAGUUAAUACUUCUAAGUCUGUUGCUAUUGCCAAACCUGCAGCUGUUCUCUCACUUCAAGCCAGGCCUCCUGUGAAGGUGCCUGUUGGGCAGCCAAAGCCCAUUCUGAACCAUGAGACAAAAACUAUCAAUAGAACACCAGUGAAUAAUGGGGCAUCCCAAAGAAAUCCUAAUAGGAAUGGGAAGCUCGUCAGUGCUAACGGAUCUGUGCACAGAACAAAGAAAAAUGCUCCAACGAAAACUGGACUUGGCCCACAUUUAACAGGACCUGUUUCUGAAGCUCGUGGUGCUAUCUCAGCUUUGAAAUCAGCUGACGGCGUCAGAAAACAUAAUCCAGCGAAACCUGCAAAAGGAAUAAGGUAAUAGAAAGGUGUGGGGAUAACAUUGGCUUAGAUCUCUGUGAAUUUAGGAUAUGCACAAGUUAUUUUGCUCAAAAACACAAGCAAAAUUCUUUUGAGGUCAACUUUUUAGGUGUAGGAUACUGAUACAGUGGUACCUCGGGUUACAGACGCUUUGGGUUACAAACUCCGCUAACCAGGAAGUGGUUGCUCCAGGUUAAGAACUUUGCCCCAGGAUAAGAACGGAAAUCACGCACCAGCAGGAAGCUCCAUUAGUGAAAGCAUGCCUCAGGUUAAGAACCAUUUCAGAUUAAGAAGGGACCUCUGGAACGAAUUAAGUUCUUAACCCAAGGUACCACUGUACUAUACACAGGUGGGGAACCUCUGGCCUGCAGGCCACGCUUGGCCCACAGUGGGGUCCAAUUUGGCAUACCAGUCCAUUUUCCUCAAGUCAAACCUACCUCUUGUUUACUACCAGUUAUUUACCCAUGGUUAGGCAUUUGGUGCGCCAUUGGGUUACAUCUGCAUUGGGUCUGUUGCAUGGCCUAUUCCUAAUUACAUUAUGGGGCAAAGCAGAAUGUUGAUAACUUAGUAAUAUACUGACUUGUUUGUAGAACCCGACCAGCUGAACGGCCACCAUUGACAGGGCUAAAGAAGCUGCCACCUCCCAUAUCUGUUUAUACUCUGCCUGAAAGAGAAUCCUUUCAUCAAACUAUAAAAGAACCAGUUGAAUCCUUCUGGUCUGCCCUUGCAGAUGAAGAUGAACAAGGACUACUGAGUGACAGCGUCAAUAAGACCCUUGUGGAAUGUCUGCACUUAAUUGAGGAGGUGAGGCCUCUGUUAAGCCACAGUCAUGAGGAAAUAAGCUUUUGUAUAUGUUCAAUACUUUCACUCAGCUCUGUAAGACCAUAAAAGGCAAGACCAUGUUGGAUUUUAAGGGGAAAUUGGGUUGUUUUGGGAGACAUUUUUAACGGAUGAUUUGUUAUACCUUGGUGGUAGAACGUAUGCUUUGCAUGCAGAAGGUCCUCCUAGGUUCAGUCAUUCUCAUAUCCAGGUAGUGCUGAGAGAGACUGCCAAAGGUUUGAUUUAGUAUAAGGCAAGCUUCCUGUGUUCCUAGGUUCCUUAAUGAUAAAAUCCUGCUGUGUUUGCAAGAACUUCUCCAUUAUACGUGGGACCAGAUGAAUUCAUGCUGUACAAAAUAAAGUCACAUUUUCCCCAUGAGUUGUUUUCGUUUUGAGGUGAUCACACAAGUAUGAGGCAGAAUAUAAUCCGAACAGAUGGCUCCUGAGGGAAAAAUUCUGCUGUUAGAUAUUUGCUUAGGAGAUAAACCCCUUGCAGAACAUGGGGAAUAAUUCAUGAGCAGGGAUAAAGAUGCUAUUGGCUCCCCCUUGCAGGCCUAACCCACUUUCAAUUUAAGAUGAACAAUAAGAGGAGUAACUGGUGGUCCACAGAUUUGUUAGUCACUGGUAACAAUCUUUAGUUCUGUUGACUGGACCUCAGUCAGCACAAGCCGUAUUGCAGAGGACAGAGAGGUCCAGCGUGCUUAUUUAGGGUGGGUUGCAACAGAGGAGAUCUUCCCCAAGUUCUGUGCUAAAUACGGGGAGGCAUUGGGUCUCUGCUGUACCCUAGGCUUUGAAGACAUGGUCCGUAGUCUUUGAAAACUUAUACCACAAGAAAUCUGCUAGUCUAUAAAAAGUGCUGCAAGAGUUCAGUGUCACUGUAACAGAUUAACCAGCAACCUCUGGAAUUCAUAUUACAUAACAACUUUUAAAAAGUAAGCCAACAUAUAAUCUAUCUUUAGGGUUAUCCAGGUCAUGACAUACAUUCCACUUUGGAAAAGCUGAGCUUGUCUGUGCCAGAUGCAAAGAAAUUUGCCAAAUACUGGGUAUGCCAGAUGCGUCUCGAACAGUUUCGCUCCAUUGAAAAGGUCCUUGCUAUCUAUGAAAAGGCAAUUCUGGCAGGAGCACAGGUAAGAAUUCUUAAAUGUUGUUAUUGUGUUAGCAUUUAUAUUUAAUUAGAGUAAUUUUAAUGCAUUCUGCAGAUGAGGCUUUAUUUUCUAAAAUUCCGUGGUUGUGUCCUCUACCACGUAAAAGCUUAUAUUUAUUGACUUUUCAUCCAAGGAACUCAAAGUGGUGUACGUACUGUAGUAUUUUAUCCUCAAAACAACUCUGUGAAGUAGAUAGCUCCAAAGUCACCUAGUGAGUUUCAUGGCCAAGUGGGAAUUUAGUCUUGAGUCUUCACAGUCUUAGUCCAACGCGAACUGCUACAGCACACUGGCUAAUUACAAUUGACUUGGGCAUGAUCUGGUACUAACAAAAUCACAUUUCUUUUAGCCCAAGGAUGAGUUACGGCGUACAUUAGCAGAUGUUAUGAAGAAAACAAAAAUCACAUCUAAACCUGGUAAGAUUAACUAUUUUUAAUUUAAGAUGGUCAUACUCCCCAACUCCCAACCUGUUGCCCUUAAUUUAAUAGUUUUAUAACAAAGCAGAAACUUUAACUGGAGAUUAUCUGCGCCCAUUAAUUUGAGUGCAAUUAUGAACAUAUUAACUUUUUUUCCUCUUUUUCCUUUGUUCCUUAAAGCAUCUGGCUCCUAACCUUCUUAGCCGUAACUCUGUUGCUAUCGUUCCACAUUCUAAAAGCUGAAAUGUAUAGUCGGUGAAGAUAUUUCUGUCCUUGGUUUGCUAUACUGUGACUCUGCUUGUUGCCUACAUUUUAAAAUUACCUUUCUGGAAAGAUGGACCAUUCUUCAUCAGGUUUUAUCAAGAUACUUAUUUUGAACGUAUAGUCGCAACUUGUUUGGAAAUACAACCAUUCAUCCUAUUUUUGUAACAAAAAUGUGCUACAAAUUCUACUUCAUAGUGAAUGUGAUUUAACUAUCAAAAGAUAUGGUUCUAGUCUACAUUGAGUAAGUUAACCCCUGAAUUUCAUUUUUUUUCACAGGAAAAUGUUCUGGGUCACCUUGACUUAUGACAGUGUAUUUCUAUUUUCAGAGGAAUGUGUGGAAAAAGAAAUCACUCUAAAUCAUGAGGCCGAAGUUCACUUAGAUGAAGAGAAGAUAGAAAACGCUUUCAAGGAAUUAAAUGUCAAUAACAAGAUGGAGUCUGGUAAUGAAGUGACUUCUCAAAAAGCAGAGGCUUGUUUGAAGUCUGAACAAGAGAGCAUUGCAGUUGAAGAAAGGCACCAAAAUAAAGAAGAGAAGCCUACAGUUCUCAAAAAUGAAGAGCAGGAUAGCGGCAAUGCAGAGGGAGAGAGAAUACUAGAGUUCCCAACUCCUGAAACUGACAAAGGGGGCUCGUACUUAAUUAAGUAUAACUUGUCAACUACUCCCUCCUUGAUAAGGUAAGUUGCCUCUUCAGGUUUACAUUCUCUAUCCGGUUUCGAAUGUGGGUGGGUCACUAUAUUUGACACCUUUGUUCAAUCUCAAGCUGAAUAGAGAACUCAGUAAGUAUUUGGGGGGGGGUGAUUCUGCCAGGUAUGGCUUAUUUAUUCAUUUAUUUUGCAAGCCUUUCAAGGGAUAUCAAAGUAAAACUUGCAACUGAGAAAGAUCAUUCCAGUGAACCACAACAAGUCCUAAUCUUCUCACCCAGCUCUCCAGUUCAGUUUGAGAUUAGUGCUGUAGAGAGAAUAACUUAAUUACCGUAUUUUUCGCUCUAUAGGACGCACCUUGUUUUAGAGGGGGGAGAACAAGAAAAAAAAUUCUCCCCCUCUCUGCCCAGCGCCCCUUCAGCGAAGCGGCAGGAGGCACUGUGCAGAGAGGGGGAGAAUUUCCCCCCUCUUGUUUUCCCCCUCCAAAACAAGGUGCCGUUUAAGGUGCGUUCAGCCGCCUUCAGGCGGCUACCUUGGAAGCCUGCAGAGCGAGAGGGAUCGGUGCGCACCGACCCCUCUCGCUCUCUAGGCUUCAGGUUCCUUUCGACCUGCUCUUUGGAGCUGGCGGGGGGAAGCCCACCACCAGCCCCAAAGAGCAGGUCGGGGAGCAGUGGAAAGGCGCGCAGCGGAGAGGCUGCUGCCAUAGUCGUGCAUCACCUCUCCAACCAGGAGAGGGUCGCGGGGGGCUUCUUUAGCCUUGCGCGCGCUCUCCCGGCUGGAGAGGUGGCGCACGGCUAAAAAGGCUCCUGCCAUAGCCGCGCGUCACCUCUCCAGCCGGGAGAGGGUCGCGGGGAUAUGGCUUCUUCGCUCCAUAGGACACACACAUAUUUCCCCUUCAUUUUUGAAGGGGAAAAAGUGUGUCCUAUAGAGCGAAAAAUAUGGUAAUAUUCAGUGUCAAACUUUAUGUCUGCUUGCAUUAUAACAAGUUGUAAUCUUGCAAAUAUUUUGUAUUUAUGGCCUACCUCUUUUCCCUCCCUCAUUGAUCUCCAAGCACAAAUAAAAAAAUGCAGGGUGACGGUAACCAUCCUGCAAUCAAGGAUCUGAAAUUUUUAACUCCUGUGAGACGUUCUAGCCGCAUACAAAAGAAGGUGUGUAAGUUGCCAGAUAUGUUGAAAGACCACAACCCUUGUGUUUCUUCACUUGAACAACUUGAAGAAUUCGGAGCUGAAGGCAUUGGUUUCAUCUACAGACACAACAGUGCACUGCGCAAACUCUGUACCCAACAAGGUCAAGAGUGAUUAUGGCACAAUUUUAAGGUUUCUUUGAAAUGAUCAGAAACAACACGAGUGACAUUGCUUUUGAUGCAACUAAUAAUAGCUGUAUUGAAUAGAAAAGGGUCUCAUGGGUGUAUAAGGUGUGAUGUAUUUUAACAGUGAGUAACGCUUGGUCAUCUAUUUGGUUUAUGGAUGUGACCAUCAAAGUGGUUUUCCUUGGUUAUGUUUAGUAAUAUGCCUUUAAUCUGCAAGUGUAAGUUCUAAGAAUAAGGUGGUCUUUUAUUGUGUGUGUAUUUUUCAUUUUCAAAUAAAAUAAACAUCUCUGAAUCGUGCUCCAGUACAGACGUAAUGCUCACAUUCCUAACCAUGGUUAAGAAAUGUGAAGCAGGUCUUGAGAUGGCACACUCAUAACUUCCUCUGGCCUUAACUCUAAUUCAAUUCUAGCAGUAACUACUAACCCUACUAUUCAGUAUAUACAAUUUUUUCAAUCUCUUGUAAAACUUGUCUCUAAAAUUUAGUGCUAUCCCUUUAAAAGCCUGUUUGUAUAACUUUUCCAUAGAACUUUUCCACUGCAGAAGUUUAAAAACAUUUUAAAUGAAUGUUUAAAUCUUGGUUUAUAGUAACACAUGUUUAAAAUAAAAUAAUUUAUAUCC